AGCUGUCUAUAUCAACAGUUUAACAGGUGGUAGAGAAACAUGGAGGAGGAUGUCUACAGCUGUCUAUAUCAACAGUUUAACAGGUGGUAGAGAAACAUGGAGGAGGAGGUCUACAGCUGUCUAUAUCAACAGUUUAACAGGUGGUAGAGAAACAUGGAGGAGGAGGAGGUCUACAGCUGUCUAUAUCAACAGUUUAACAGGUGGUAGAGAAACAUGGAGGAGGAGGUCUACAGCUGUCUAUAUCAACAGUUUAACAGGUGGCAGAGAAACAUGGAGGAGGAGGAGGAGGUCUACAGCUGUCUAUAUCAACAGUUUAACAGGUGGUAGAGAAACAUGGAGGAGGAGGAGGUCUACAGCUGUCUAUAUCAACAGUUUAACAGGUGGUAGAGAAACAUGGAGGAGGAGGUCUACAGCUGUCUAUAUCAACAGUUUAACAGGUGGUAGAGAAACAUGGAGGAGGAGGUCUACAGCUGUCUAUAUCAACAGUUUAACAGGUGGUAGAGAAACAUGGAGGAGGAGGAGGUCUACAGCUGUCUAUAUCAACAGUUUAACAGGUGGUAGAGAAACAUGGAGGAGGAGGAGGUCUACAGCUGUCUAUAUCAACAGUUUAACAGGUGGUAGAGAAACAUGGAGGAGGAGGUCUACAGCUGUCUAUAUCAACAGUUUAACAGGUGGUAGAGAAACAUGGAGGAGGAGGAGGUCUACAGCUGUCUAUAUCAACAGUUUAACAGGUGGUAGAGAAACAUGGAGGAGGAGGAGGUCUACAGCUGUCUAUAUCAACAGUUUAACAGGUGGUAGAGAAACAUGGAGGAGGAGGAGGUCUACAGCUGUCUAUAUCAACAGUUUAACAGGUGGUAGAGAAACAUGGAGGAGGAGGAGGUCUACAGCUGUCUAUAUCAACAGUUUAACAGGUGGUAGAGAAACAUGGAGGAGGAGGAGGUCUACAGCUGUCUAUAUCAACAGUUUAACAGGUGGUAGAGAAACAUGGAGGAGGAGGAGGUCUACAGCUGUCUAUAUCAACAGUUUAACAGGUGGUAGGAGAAACAUGGAGGAGUGGAUUAUGUCCCUGGCUCCCGUUCCCCUAUCACAGGAGGUUGGUAGCUCCUUAAUCCGGGAGGACGGGCUCGUGGUAAUGUCCAGAGAGGAAUGA